AAUAAAUCGGUGUUAUAGCUUAGGCAACGUUAUACCUAUGCGUUGUGCACGCCAAAACUUUCUACACCAGUUAAAAUAAUAGAGGUUUACAAAUACUGAAUCAGAAUACUUGCUGCGUUAUCACCUAAUGAGAUAAAAAAAAAGAUAAAAACAAAAAAAUAUGACUGUCCGUGAAUAUAAUUAUUAGCAAUAAUUAUUAUAGUUAUGAAAAUCAUGACUUGUUAAAAUAUCAAUUAAAACUUUCAACAAAUUUGUUCCGCGAAAACUCCAUCACAAUAAUCAGGUUUCAAAGAUCGAAGUAUUGUUGCCUGAGAACCUGUAACGUGUAGCCCUGUGUGUGUGUAGUGUUUCGGUUACCUCGGUCUACCACAAACGAGCUAGUCACGCUUGAUAUAAAAACGUAAUUAUUAUCUACCUACCUUAUUAUUAUAUUAUUAUCUGCUAAACCAGGGCCAUCAAAAGUUAUUCGACAAAAAGUUAUAGGAUGAGAUUUUUCAGUGCAGUAUGUAACUCAGCUGCUAGGCUAGAUGGGAAAACCGCUGUCAUUACUGGUUGUAAUACAGGAAUAGGAAAAGUCACGGCCAAGGACUUUUUUGAACGAGGUGCUCGAGUAAUAAUGGCCUGUCGAAACAAAGUAAAGGCAACCGAAGCAGCAGAUGACAUAAAAGUAUCUUGCCAGUGUAAACAAAAUGUUGGAGAAUUGAUUGUAGAAGAGUUAGACUUAACCAGUCUUGAAUCCGUUAGGCGAUGUGCUAAAACCAUUUUGGAGAAGGAACCUAAAAUUAAUUUAUUGGUGAACAAUGCCGGUGUAAUGGUUUGUCCAGAAGGCAAAACUGAAGAUGGAUUUGAAAUACAAUUUGGAACUAAUCACUUGGGUCAUUUCCUAUUCACGAUGUUGCUAUUACCAAGAAUCAUUCAAAGCGCUCCUGCUCGAAUUGUUACGGUUUCUUCUGUAGCUCAUGAAAGAGGAACUAUGGAUUUUGAUGAUCUGAACUGGACCAAGAAAAGCUACCACCCCUUGAAGGCCUAUGGGCAAAGUAAACUGUCAAAUAUUUUAUUCUCUAAUGAACUGGCCAGACGAUUAAAGGAAGCCAACAUAAACGAUGUGACAGUCUACAGUUUACAUCCUGGAGUGAUUAAAACUGAACUAGGGCGACACGUGGGAUCAACUUACGGCUCGUUCCUGAAAUUUGUAUGGGGUUUUUUCAGUUGGGCCCUUAAAACUCCUAUACAAGGUGCGCAAACUACAAUUUACUGUUCGGUCGAUGAAAAAUGUGCGAACGAAUCGGGAUUAUAUUACGCAGAGUGUGCUGUUAAAAAACCUACUAAGGAAGCUACCAAUGUGGAUGACGCUAAGAGACUGUGGACAGACAGCUUGAAACUAGUGAACUUGCCUGAAAAUUAUGACCCUAUUACAAAAGCUUAAUGAAUAGAAAUAUCUGUUAUUAAUAAUAUUUUGUAUGAUUUCAUGCCUAUUUGUAAUUUUUGUCGUUUUAUUUCUGGUACCUACCUACCCACAUUGCCCAAUUAGUAGGUACCUAUUGUUAAAUGGAUGUUUUUUUUUAAAAUAUAAUUCCAUACCUACCUAUAUUAUUCGUUGUUAAUGAAAUAAAGAAAAAUGAAGUCAUGUCCAGAUGACUGACAGAAUUACAAACUUUCUGGCCGACUGAAUUUUAAUUUUUCACAGUUUUAGUGGUUCCGUGAAAAAAAAAAAAACAGUUUUUCGCAAUUCUCUCCGAAACUAUGCGUUUUUCCAAAAAAAAAUGAGGAAAAAAAUUAAAGAGGAGGAAAUAUCAUACAAAAAAAAAC